CGGAAAUGAUGUGGAACUGUAAAUUUAAUGAGGUGAGUAAGGUCGCUCCGCACUGGAAAUGGCUAUAAAAACAUCUCUUUCUGACAAGUUUACUUGAACAUCCACACUGUGAACUCUUCCCCUCACUCUGUUUAUACCUCUCUAGCUCCCAUGGCUUCUUCUGUGUUCUUGGGACUAUGGGUUUCUCUUCUAAUUCUUGGUUUUGCUUCUUCUGCUAAGUUCGACGAGCUUUUUCAGCCGAGUUGGGCUUUUGAUCACUUCAAUUACGAAGGAGAUGUCCUCGAUCUUAAACUUGACAAUUACUCUGGAGCUGGGUUUUCAUCUAAAUCCAAGUACAUGUUUGGCAAAGUGACCAUUCAAAUCAAGCUUGUAGCCGGAGACUCUGCAGGAACUGUCACAGCAUUUUAUAUGUCAUCGGACGGUCCAAAUCACAAUGAGUUUGAUUUUGAGUUUCUGGGCAACACAAGUGGAGAGCCAUAUACUGUACAGACCAACAUUUAUGUGAAUGGUGUGGGAAAUAGAGAGCAAAGAUUGAAACUUUGGUUCGACCCAACUACAGAUUUUCAUUCCUACUCCAUUUUUUGGAAUCGCCGUCAAGUCAUAUUUCUUGUGGACGAAACCCCAGUUCGAGCCCACACGAAUAUGGAAGACAAGGGUGUGCCAUUUCCUCGAGACCAAUCCAUGGGAGUUUACAGCUCUAUUUGGAACGCAGAUGAUUGGGCCACACAGGGCGGCCGAGUUAAGACAGAUUGGUCCCACUCCCCCUUUAUUGCCUCUUAUAAGGGCUUCCAAAUCGACGCCUGCGAGUGCUCCUCCGCCACCGGAGCCACUGCCAACGCCACCUGUUGUAGCGGUAGCGGUAGCGGCGACAACGGCAAGAAGUUCUGGUGGGACGAGCCAGUGCUUUCAGAGUUGAAUGUACAUCAAAGCCAUCAGUUGCUCUGGGUUCGGGCCAACCAUAUGAUUUACGAUUACUGUACUGAUACUGCUAGAUUUGCAGUUACGCCUGUUGAAUGUAUUCACCACCGCCACUAGCGGCGGUGGCUAUAGAUCAGUGCUUUUGUUGGUCGUCGAUGGUGUCUCUUUUGUGUAAAAUAACAUUAAUUUUUUUAAAACUUCUUUUUCAUAUCUUGCUUUGGUUUAUUGUGUCAUAUGGCUAACAGAUUUUGUCCA